AUGAAGCUCAAAGAGAUCAACCGCACAGCUAUCCAGAGCUAGAGCCCAGCACAGCACCAUCCUGUGUACCUGGCAGCAGGUACAUCAGCCCAGCAGCUGGAUGCCUCCUUCAGUACCACUGCCUCUCUGGAGAUCUUUGAGCUGGACCUGGCUGAGCCUUCUCUGGACAUGAAGCUCCGCGGAGCAUACUCCUCCUCUCACAGAUACCACACGCUGGCGUGGGGUCCCCACGGCAUGGAUGCAGAGGGUCUCCCGUCCGGAGUGCUCAUUGCAGGGGGCGAGAAUGGUGAUGUCAUCUUGUACGACCCGGCCAAGAUCAUUGCUGGAGACAGUGAUGUUGUCAUCGCUCAGAGCGACAAACACAUCGGGCCGGUCAGGGCCCUUGAUGUCAACUCCUUCCAGACCAACCUGGUUGCUUCAGGAGGUAACGAAUCAGAGAUCUACAUCUGGGACCUGAACAACUUUGGCUCCCCGAUGACACCAGGCCCUAAAACUCAGCCUCUGGAGGACAUCAGCUGUGUGGCGUGGAACAGACAGAUCCAACACAUCCUGGCUUCAGCCAGCCCCAGCGGCGGCGCCUCCAUCUGGGACCUCCGCAAGAACGACCUCAUCAUCAAAGUCAGCGACCACAGCAACAGGAUGCACUGCUCUGGGCUGGAGUGGAACCCAGAGGUAGCUACUCAGCUGGUGCUGGCCUCAGAGGAUGACCGGAUGCCAGUGAUCCAGAUCUGGGACCUGCGUUUCACCGCCUCCCCUCUCAAAGUCCUGGAGAACCACACACGGGGUGUCCUGGCCAUCGCCUGGAGUUUGGCUGACCCUGAGCUGCUACUGAGCUGUGGGAAAGACAACAGAAUCCUCUGCUGGAACCCCAACACUGCAGAGGUGCUGUAUGAGUUGCCUACCAGUACCCAGUGGUGCUUUGACAUCCAGUGGUGUCCCAGGAACCCAGCGGUGCUGUCGGCAGCAGCCUUCGACGGACACAUCAGCGUCUACUCCAUCAUGGGGGGCAGCAGCCAGGCUGUCAGCCAGACACAGGCAGACACAAUCAGCAUGUCGUUUGGCAACGUGGAUCCGUUUGGAAUGGGCCAGACCCUGCCCCCCCUGCAGCUUCCCCAAGCCUCCCCCUACACCAUCACCCCCUUCAAAAAGCCCCCCAAGUGGAUCCGCAGGCCCAUGGGGGCCUCCUUCGCUUUUGGUGGUAAGCUCGUGUCGUUGGAGAACAUUAAGCCCAGCCCCCAGCACCCUCAGCAGCCCACGGCCCAUGUGGUUCACGUCAGUCAGGUGAUCACCGAGACGACCUUCCUGGAGCGCUCGGCCCAGCUGCAGGCCACGCUGACUACAGAGAGCUUCACUGACUUCUGCCAGGAGAAGAUCGAUGCUGCCCAAAACGAGUUCGACAAGACCGUCUGGUCCUUCUUAAAGGUGAACUUUGAGAAUGAUUCUCGUGGAAAAUACCUGGAGCUUUUAGGAUACAAGAAGGAGGAGCUAGCAUCAAAGAUUGCAGCAGCAUUAAAGGGAAAACCUAUUCAGCCUGAGGAGGUACAGCCCCAGCUACAGCCUGUACCUGACCUCACCAACCUGCAGCCAGUACCCGGCUUUGACCCGAUGCCAUCAGUCCCCACCCUGCAGCCUCUAGCCGACCCUGGACGACUCCGCUCUGCCGACCUUCCACCUGAUGACGCAUUUGACCUCAUCGCUGGUACAAAUCUCCAUCCAGCAGUGGAACUGGAACUCAAACCUGCUCCAGAACCGGAAGAUCCGUUUGACCUCAUCGCUGCUGCAAACCUCCAGCAAAUAGCGGAACUGGACGUGACCAAGUCCCUGGAACCAGUGGAAGCAGAAGUGGACCUGGCAGAGUCUCUGGAAGCAGAAGUGGACCUGACAGAGUCUCUGGAAUCAGUGGAACCAGAAGUGGACCUGGCAGAGUCUCUGGAAGCAGAAGUGAACCUGACAAGGGAUUUGGCCCUUGAGGCUGAAGCUGAGCCCAAGGCCCAGGAAGAGAUGCCAGUAGUAGAAGAGAUUCCUCUGGAGGAGGAGGAGGCAGCACCAGUGGAAGUAGAGGCCAGCCUCCCUGAGGAAGCACCAGAACCAGCUCCAGUCCAAGAGGGCGUUAACCUCGGUGUCAGUCAAGGCAUGGACGGCCUGAUCACCCAGGCCCUGCUGACCGGGGACUUCGAGGGCGCCGUGGAACUCUGUCUCCAUGACAACCGCAUGGCCGACAGCAUCAUCUUGGCCAUCGCUGGAGGGGCGGAGCUUCUGGAGAAAACACAGAGGAAGUACUUCACCAAGACUCCCAGCAAGAUCACCAAGCUGAUCAGUGCAGUGGUGAUGAGGGACUGGUGUGAUGUGCUGCAGACCUGUGAGCUGCAGAACUAGAAGGAGGCUCUGGCUGCAGUCAUGACCUACGCCCAGCCUGAUGAGUUCUCCUCUCUGUGUGACCUGCUGGGCUGCAGACUGGAGGCUGUGGAGGACAACAUGCUGCAGGCUCAGGCCUGUCUGUGUUACAUCUGUGCUGGGAACUUGGAGAAACUGGUGUCCUGCUGGACCAGAGCACAGGACAGACACUGCCCUCUGUCUCUGCAGGACUUGGUAGAGAAGGUGGUGGUGCUCCGCAAGGCGGUAGAGCAGACCCAGGAGUCUGGUCCCUCUGCUGUGGGGCUUCUACUGGGGGAGAAGAUGAGUCAGUAUGCCAGCCUGCUGGCCUCCCAGGGCAGCCUCACCACUGCCAUCGCAUACCUGCCACAGAACACAGAGCAGGUUGCGGUGCAGCAGCUGCGUGACCGUCUCAGCAGAGCUCUGGGCCAACAGGCUCUAGCUACAGCCCCGGCUCCAGUAGCCCAGGGCCAGCCCCAACCCCCAACCCCCUUCUUCGCCCCCCAGCCCACCGAUGCCCAGUCCAGGAAGCUCUUCACCCCUGCCCAGCCUCCUAUGGUGCCCCAGCUGCCCGCUCCAGCACCAGCCCGUGUACCCGUCGCUGCCCUCGCAACACAUCAGUUUUACCAGCCGGUGAGGUCUGCCUCUACAGUGACCUCCUGGAGUAACCAAACUCCCACAGCUUUCCCCAGUGUCCCUCCUUCUCUAGGCCCUGCCACCACAGAGCCCAAGGCUGAGCCGACACCCCCCAUGUAUGGGACGCCUCCCCCUGGGUCAGCUGCCCCCCCAGCCUCCUCGGCCGCCGCAUACCCCCCCAUGUUCUCACAUCAGUACCAGUCCUUCCCUCCCGCCAGCCAGUACAACCCUGGCACUGGUGGCCCAGCUAUCUAUUCACCUCUUCAGUACUCUGCUCCUCCUCCUCCCUUCUCACCUCAAGCCCCAGCUCCAGGGUUCAUGCCCCAGUACACUCAACAACCCCUCUACCAGCCUCCUACCAUGGGCCAGCCUCUGUCUUCCGCUCCUCCUUCUCAUCCUCAUUUCUCUCCUACUUCCUCCUUCUCUCCUCCACUGUCCUCUGGAGCGUUUUUCCAACAUGGCGGGCCGGGGUCGCCUGCCUCGUACAUGCUGCCUCCUCCACCAACCGGAUCGUCAGGCCCUCAGAACGGCUGGAACGACCCUCCUACCCUGAGCAGAGUGCCGAAGAAGGUUCCAGAGAACUACAAUCCUCCUGCUCCCAUCUUUUCCCCCCUGGGUGCCGGGGACCCCCAGUCCCAGCAGCCCCCCCAGCCCAUGGCCCCAGGCCAAGCCCAGAACCAGGCCCCAUACCAGGGCAUGCAGCAACAGCAGAUGGCCCCCCCACCCAUGAACCCUGGCAUGCCCAAGACACAUGGAGGGAAUGUGGAGGGAGCGCCCGGAGCCCCUACUGCAGAUGUCAUACAGGCAUUGCCGCUGCAGUCCAUCCCUGCUGAGCAGGUCACAAAGAAGCCCAUCCCUGAGGAGCACCAGGUCCUGAAGAACACCUUUGAGGGCCUCAUUCAGAAGUGCUUGGUUGCUGCCGCAGACCCCCAAACCAAGAGGAAGCUGGAUGACGCCAGCAAGCGCCUUGAGGCCCUCUACGACAAGCUACAAGAGCAGACACUCUCCCUGGCCAUCGUACGAGGCCUACACAACAUGGUGCAAUGCAUCGAGUCUCGCUCCUACAUGGAGAGCCUCAACAUCCACACACACAUAGUGAGUAGCAGCAACUUCAGCGAGACGUCUGCCUUCAUGCCUGUGCUCAAGGUGGUGCUGACACAAGCCAACAAACUGGGGGUCUGAGCAGGAGGAGAGACCCUCCCCCACUCCUCUGAGUCUGGGGUGAGAUGGAGAAGGAUUGGGCAGGGAUUGAUGAUGUCAUAAAAAAAAGACCAGAAAGUCAAUUUGUGAGCCAGGUGGUUUUUUGUUGUUGUACUUUUUACCCCUUUUUUUCUCUCCAACUGGUAGUUACAGUCUUGUCCCAUCUCUGUAACUUCCGUACGGACUCGGGAGAGGCGAAGGCCGAGAGCCAUGCGUCCUAUGAAACACCACCCUGCCAAGCUGCGCUGCUUCUUGACACACUGCUCGCUUAACCCGGAAGCCAGCCGCACCAAUGUGUCGGAGGAAACACCGUACACCUGGCGACCAGUGUCAGCUUGCAGGCGC